GGGGGGGGGAGUCAUGCCCUGAAAGGGCCUGGAGCCAUCAAAGGCCCUACUCAGGCGAGAUGACAGCUUCUCAGAAACACAACCUCUUCACACCAGAACCUCACUAUAUCCCUGGCUAUGCCGGCUUCUAUCCGCAGCUUCGCUACCAGGUGGGGAACACCUAUGGGCGCACCACAGCACAGCUGCUCACAGACCCCAGCGUGCGGAAGAGCCCCUGCUCGGUGCUGUCCCCCAUAUCCAAACCCAAGUUCAUCGAGGACUUCAGCAAAUCCAAGCCACCUUUGAUCCCUUGCCGUGACCUGGUUGAGCCCUACAUCCCCCACUACACCAGUCUGAAGCCCUACAAGAACUUUGAGAUCCUAGGCCGGUUCCCACCCCAGGAGGUGGAUGCCCAGGUAGGGCCGCCGGAGGCAGAGAAUGCAUCCAAGGAGGUCCUGCUGCCUGCAGGCUUCAUGCCCUACCCCCCUUGCCCCCCGUGCCCACCAGGCAGGAAGGGGGACUCCGAAGACUUUGGACACCCAGGCCUGCGGCUGGCAUAUGGGGAGGAGGGUUGGAAGAGCACCACCCCUGUCCCCAAGGCCCCGGAGCGGGCCCAGCUGUACCACUACAGGAGGGAUGAACACCCACCCCCGGCCCGCCAGCAGGAGACACUAGAUGUGGGCAGGCUUCAGAGGCUGCCCCAGCUAGACCGCCCCAACCUGAUCCAACGUAAAGCCAUCUCAGGCUAUGCCGGCUUUGUCCCUCGGUUUGCCUGGGUGAUGGGGGUGAAUUACCGCAAAGGUGUCACGCAGGCUAUGGACGAGUUUGACAAGAGCCAGUUCCUGGUCAAAAAUCCUGUCUGUGCCCUGGGUGAAAGGCUGCCCAGAACACACUGGCCCGGCAACACCAUCUAUAACAGCCGGGGCCUGAUACCUUUCUACAUGGGGUUUGUACCAUCCAUGCAAGGCAACUACGCGCUGACGUUCCGCAACAGCACCCGCAGAGCCUAUCAGAAGGAACUGGAGAGGCGAAACCAGACACUAUGAAAAUGCUUUAAUGGUGGCGUCUGUACAGCAUGAGGUCAAGACAGGAAAGAGCAGGUGCACACGGAAACACGGCUACCAGAGAACAGACUGUGAGGGAAUAAAGAGUUCACACGGCUUCCACAC